UGCACGUCAACCGGAGAACAUGAUGCCUCUUUGCAAGUCAACUCGUGUGUUCUCUAGCCGAUAGAGGUGCCUCAAGCCGAAAUAUUAUAGCUCUAUUGUAUUGGAGAACGUGGUGUGACAGCCCGCGGGCUCAGCAAAUGGCCAGCGUCGUAUCGCCACACUAGCGGAGAGUGUCGCCACAGUGGCGUUCAAGCUGGCAGGGCGACACAGAAAUCAACUUUGUGUAUUUUUAAUGGACACGCUUCGAGCGGCGGCAGCGGCAGCGGCAGCAACAGCGGCGGCGGUAACGGCGGGCGGUUUGUUUUCCUUUCGUCUUUAUCUCGAGCUGCUCAAGUAAGCCCGAGUCUGCCCCUCGUGUGUCCCCGCACGUCUGGCUACCUCCUACUCUUCCACAAACAGUCCCAUUUUAGAACAGCAUGGUCAUGGCUGACAGUGUCCAAAAACCGCUGAUCCGGGGUCCGGGCCGAGUGGGCUUCUACGACAUCGAGCGCACUUUAGGAAAGGGCAAUUUCGCGGUCGUGAAGCUGGCCCGCCACCGCAUAACCAAGACGGAGGUGGCCAUUAAGAUCAUCGACAAGACCCAGCUGGAUGCUGUCAACCUGGAGAAGACCUACAGAGAAGUUCAGAUCAUGAAAAUGCUGGACCACCCCCACAUUAUUAAGCUCUACCAGAAUACGUGCUCUUUUCCACAUCUCAAGUCAAAGACUAUCUUUGUGAAGUCAAGUCAAGUCAAGUUUAUUUAUAAAGCACAUUUAAAACAACGACGUUGACCAAAGUGCUGUACAAGAACUAUAACCCC